CUUUGGCCAAAUGGUUGAGGUCUUCUGAUCUGACUGAGUUGGAAUUGCAUCUCGAUCCGAGUUACAUGCUGUUAAUGCACACAUUUUUUUUAAGCUUAGAUCAUAUUCCAACAAUCAUAUUUGGUAUGCUCAAUUGUCCAAUUUGUUUGAUUUCAUAAUUCCAUAAUUGAAAAGCUUAAGGGAGAAUAGGGGAUGAGCUAUAUGAAGGACAUGCUGAGUGUGGUAGGCAAAUUGACACAUUGGACAAAGAAAAAGACUGAGAGAGAAGUUUCACCUUAUUUUGUGAACUUUCAUUUGUUAGCAUAAAGCAGAUAAUGGAUGCAACAAUAUCAGUUGUUACAAAUACGUUGAGAGAUGCAUCUGAUUGGGUGACAUGGAUAUCCGAGGCUCCAUUUGCAAGAGCUGUGGUGUUUGGAGUUAACAUUGGAGGGCAUCUAUUUGUGGAGGGUCUUCUCCUUGUAGUCAUCCUUUUCCUACUAUCGCAGAAAAGUUAUAAACCACCUAAAAGACCGUUGACAAAGAAGGAAAUAGAUGAGCUAUGUGAUGAAUGGGUCCCAGAACCUCUUAUUCCCACCAUUACAGAUGAGAUGAAAUCGGAGCCUCCAGUACUUGAAAGCGCUGCAGGUCCUCAUACAACUGUUAAUGGCAAGGAAGUAGUAAAUUUUACUUCAGCCAAUUACCUCGGAUUAUUAGGAAAUGAAAAGUUACUCGAGACAUGCACCAGGGCAUUGGAGAAAUAUGGAGUAGGUUCUUGUGGUCCUCGUGGAUUCUAUGGAACAAUUGAUGUUCACCUUGAUUGUGAGGCCAGGAUAGCCAAGUUUCUUGGAACUCCUGAUUCUAUACUCUACUCUUAUGGACUUUCUACCAUGUUCAGUGCAAUUCCAGCAUUUUGCAAGAAGGGAGAUGUCAUUGUUGCGGAUGAAGGUGUGCAUUGGGGAAUACAAAAUGGACUUCAGCUCUCUAGAAGUACAAUCAUAUACUUCAAGCACAAUGAUAUGGAGUCCUUGAGAAAUACAUUGGAGAAAGUCACUCAAGAAAACAAGCGAGCUAAAAAACUUAGGCGAUAUAUUGUUGUUGAAGCAGUGUAUCAGAAUUCUGGUCAAGUCGCUCCAUUGGAUGAAAUCAUCAAACUGAAGGAAAACUACAGAUUCCGGGUAUUGUUGGAUGAAAGCAAUUCCUUGGGUGUGCUUGGCAGUUCCGGUAAAGGUCUAACAGAACAUUACAAUGUUCCGGUCGACAAGAUAGAUAUCAUUACUGCUUCCAUGGGACAUGCAUUGGCCACAGAGGGAGGAUUUUGCACCGGGAGUACAAGAGUCAUUGAACACCAGCGCCUCAGUAGUUCUGGUUACGUGUUUUCUGCUUCUCUGCCUCCAUAUCUAGCAAGUGCUGCAAUCAAAGCUUUUGAUAUCCUGGAAGUAAAUCCUGACCUUAUCACAAAAUUGAGGGAAAACAUUAAGAUACUGUUUAAAGGUCUAUCAGAUAUUAAAGGGCUGGAAAUAGCGAGUGAUCCACUCUCUCCCAUAGUUUUUCUAAGACUAAACAAGUCCAUGGGUUCCACAAACAGUGACCUAAAACUGCUAGAAGAUAUCGCGGAUCGUGUAUUGAAGGAAGAUUCUGUUUUUGUUGUCACUUCAAAGAGAUCGACACUUGAUAAAUGUAAGUUGCCAGUUGGGCUUCGAUUGUUUGUCUCAGCAGGGCACUCAGAAUCUGAUAUGAAGAAAGCUAGUGAAUCGUUGAAGAGAGUCGCAGCUUCACUAUUGACCGAUCAGAGCUAGAAGUGAGGUUCAUCGUCUUUUAAGUGUCUGAUAUGUGAGCUGAAGCGAAAAUAGGGCAGAAGUAUUCUAGUAUUCAAAUAGGUGAACAUUCUUUUUUAACUUUUUAUGUCCAUUAGACUUUGCAUGUCAACUAUAAUAUAUUAGAUAGAUCAAGAUUUACUUCUUGAGGUUGCAAUGUUGCAAGGCUACAAGGCCUGAAAAGUCAGUUCUCUUGAUUAAUAUUGUGCUUCCUGUA